AUGAAUUCCUUAUCUCUAAACGUCGGCAACUUCAUUACACUCAAACUCACUCCAACAAACUACCCUCUAUGGCGAGAACAAGCUUUAGCCCUUGCUGAAAGCCAAGAGCUGGUUGAACAUCUCACAGACGAAAUCUCGGCACCAUCCAAAUUUACUACUCCAAAUAACCCUUCAGAAGCCGAACAAUUCACACCACAAUUAACAAAAGAGUUCGUCGCUUGGAAAAAAGCUGACUGCCUUUUGCGGGGUUGGCUGAUUGGUACAUUAUCAGAAGAAGCACUCGGCUUGGUCAUUGGAGUAGAUACAGCGUUCGGUGUCUGGGAAGCCCUCAAAGAUGCCUACGCACAAGACUCUCAAGAGAGAGAAUUCACACUGAGGCAACAAAUUACAUAUCUCCGAAAGAAUGAUGACAAAUCUAUUGCAGACCAUAUUCAUACUUUCAAAGGUCAUUGUGACAAUUUAACAGCCAUUGGAAAACAUGUUCUUGACAAAGAGAAGGUAUUUUACUUUCUCACUAGCCUUGGCCCGCAAUAUGAAAAUUUCACUACCACUAUGUUGAAAAACCUCCCCGGCCCACUUACACUGAGCUAG